GCGGAAAGAGACAGAGAAAUAUACACACACAGAGACAGAGAGAGACAGAGAGAGAGACAGACAGACAGACAGACAGACACAGAGACAAAGGAGAGAGAGAGAGAGACAGAGAGAGAGAGAGAGGAUCAUGGCUGAUGUCCCUCAGUCAUUUUUGGGAUUGCUUGUGACCGUUUUGUACCUGCUAUCAGGUGUCAGUGGAGAAACUCUCUCUAUGGUCUCCAGAGAGGGAGAUGAUGUCAGUCUGCCGUGUAACAAUGUGGUUUAUCCAAACUGCUCCUCUACUACAUGGAUGUAUAGCAUAAAAGGAUCCUAUGGUAGUAUUCGAAAGGUCACAUUGGGGGAGAGCAAAAGUGACCAGACAGAGAGACUGAAUUUAGGGUCUAACUGUUCUCUACAUGUUAGUGAUGUCAGAGCUGAGGAUGUUGGACUCUACACCUGUCGACAAUACCUUACAGAGACUGCUUCACCACAUGGAGGUGAUGCCGAUGUUGAUCUGUCUGUUAUAACUAUCUCCUCUACCACACCGUUGACAGAUCUGAAGCCUAAUGUAAAUAUGAGAUUACGGUGUUCUCUGCUCACCGAAAGGGGAAAUGGAACGUGCUCGCCAGUAUUUAGUCUCAGCUGGGUCCUUAAAACAGGUACUAAUGCCCAGGUCACACAGGAUUCUUCCUGUGACAUCACUCUGACUGUGCCACUCCAGAAGAAGGACAACAACAGGAAGUGGACUUGCACGCUGACUGAAAAGGGAAACGUGAAGAUCUCCAUUGACUUCACCUCCACGUUCUCAGGAAGUACAGCCUCUACUGCAAGACCAGCCUUGUCAACCACCUCCCCAUCUUCUGCUGGUACCAGUAAUGCUGUUAAGUUGCCCAUCAGUCACAUCAUGCUCUUUGUGACACUGACCAUCAUGGCUGCCAUAGUCACUAUUCACACAAGGAGGAUCCGCCCACCCAAGGCUCUGCCCCCACAAGCAGAAGAAGCCUCUGGUAUUGAGAUUCAUGUCCUGGAGGAAUGACCCCUGUUCCUCACUCUUCUCCCUGUGCUGGACUAAGACUUUCAAACUGUCUAUAGCUUUAUUGAUUCAGUAACAGAGGACAUUAUACAUGUUUUUAAAGCUGAUGUUCAUCUAUUUUAGUGCAUAGUGUGGAAGAUGUAUUAAUUUGUAGUUGUGUUCUCUUAUUUUAGUAUCUUUUUAAAGACCUUUAUGUAGUAGGGAUUCAAAUAUCAGCAAACCUUGGUUGAUGUUUUACAUUUUUGCUGUCCAUUGUGAAUGACGUCAGCAUGGAGAAAUUCCUUGGUUUUGUUUAAUUAAUAAGUUGUGUCCUAAGCAGACUUAAAAUGAGCACAAUGCUUAUUCUAAAAUGUAUAUUAAUUACUAAAACUGUUUUUAAAUAAACUAAUAAAAAUACAGUA